AUGAGUAGUCAUGUUGUUGUAUUAGCAUCAACUCCAGAGCAAGCAGAUGAUACCUAUUAUUCCGCUCAACAAGUUGAACAUGUUUUGAAUGGAAAGAAACAACAUUUGAAACAAGUCCAAAUUUCCCUAUUGGAAACUAACAUGGGUUUGGAAGCAAGUGAUUUGUUUGGAAAAUCAUCUCCAUUGCAUGAUGUCUAUGUUUCUAAAAAGCAAACAAGAAAGACUGAAUUAUUAGAAUUAAAGAGUGAAUUAGAAUAUGAAAUUGAUAAUUUCCAAAAAUUGCUUGCUAAGAAACUUGCCAUUAAUGAAAUGGGAGAAUCCACCAUCUUGACAACAGCUCAUGCUAUCAGAUUCUAUCAAGAAAUUAUCAAUGAAGUAAAGAUGAAACCAUUGAAAUUACUUUAUAAGGCAUCAAGAGAUGGUUUCCAAUCAAAGCAAUUCCACACCAAAUGUGAUAAUCAAGGAGCAACUGUUACAAUUAUUAAGGCUGAUACAGGUGCUAUUUUCGGUGGAUAUACAUCUGCUGCUUGGAAUACUACUGUCAUGAGUCAAUUUGCCUAUUCUGAACGUGCCUUUUUGUUUAGUUUAGUUUCUAAUAGUGGUGAAGAAAGAUUUAAAAAGUUGAAUCAACUUGCUCCACCUAAUUCACCAAGUCAAGGAAGAUCAAUUUAUUCCCAUUCUCGUUUUGGUCCUACUUUCGGUGGAGGUCAUGAUUUAUAUAUUUGUUCUAAUGCCCACGAAAAUACUGGAAGUUAUUGUCAUCCAAAUACUUAUGCUGAUUUCGGAAAAGAGUAUUUAGCAGGUUCUUAUAAGGAAUGGCUUGUAAAGGAUAUUGAAGUUUAUUCACUUUAA